CCAGCCCUCUUUUUAUAUCUUUGAGAGGAGGUCUCGCUAAGUCGUCAAAUUGCCCAGGCUUGGCUCCAACUUGCAAUCCUCCUGUGUUGGCCUUCCAGAGUGCUAGGAUUACAGGUGUGCACCACCGAUCCAGCUUCCAAGUGAACGUCCGAUUCUAACCUUGGAAGUAGCCACAGCCCCCGAAAAACCCAGGACCACUAGGGGACGCUCUAGGAUCACACACAGUGCCUACGCAUGCGUACGACGUUUUACCCGCCCACAACGUUUACGCACGCGCUAAGACCCACGCGUGCGCACAUCCAUCAAGCGCACAAGGGGUUGUUUUUGUAGAAGCGCUCGGGCAGCUGGUGAGCCGAGGGAGAGGUCUGAGAUGUCCGAGCUACGCGGGGAGGGCAGUGCUCCAGAAAUGAGUGCAGUGAAUGGCGUCAGCGACGUCCUGCAGACCGGAGUGGGCGGCAGGAGGCGGGCGCGAGAAGCCCAGGAAGCCCCCGUGGUCGAAGCUGCCUGCCCUAUGGCGCGGGUGCGGGGCCUGGCUCCCAGGCCGAUCCCCAGCCACGUCCCAGGCCUGAUGUCAAUGCCCGGCCUCCACGGGCACCUGGGCCUCGUAGGGAUUAAUCAUCAACGGCUCUUCCACCAGUACCUGGAAAAUUCCCCCAUGAUCCCAGUCAGGUUACUGCGAGACAUCGAGGAACGCCGCAGGCUGUUUGUGGAAGGCUGCAAGGCGAGGGAAGCGGCUUUUGAUGCGAAUCCCCCCCAGAUGGAGUCCGACGCCGUGGCUUUCGCCCUCGCUCUGACGGCCGCGGAGGCCGGCAGCCCUCUGGCUGACUGAAUCGGCGAUCAGGUGGGUGGCCAGGAGGUCAGGGGAAAAGGCGAAGGCAGGCCUGCGCAGACCUAGUUGGUAGUCGUUAGGGGGGAAAUGCAAGCUUCGAAGAGAACACCAGUGCACAAGGAAACGAAGACACAGCCGGAGAGAGCUCGAAGGGCAACGUGAGACUGUUGGAGCUGCUUCCCGAGCGGUCCGGGGACACUCAGGACAUCGCCUGUGACUGUGAAAUCAUCCGUCAGCAUUUGUGGAAACUUUUGACACUGUUCCGCCCUAAAGGGGGGUUUCGCAAAGAUAAGUUGUAAGAAAAAUGGCCAGCGAUAGAACCCAGAGGAAGAAGCCGAGAUGACCAAAGACGUGAAGAAAAUGCAGUUAGGAAUCCACGCGUGUCUGAGUUGUUAGGAUUGCAAGGCUCUUCAGAGACCCUGGGGAGUUCAGAAUUUGUGGUCAUCAUAUCGUCAGCUGCCAGCUCUUGUGUAAAAUGAAUUUCCGUGUUUUCUAAAAAAUUGCAGAUGAAGAGUAAAAUGCUCAAGAAAACAUGUAUUUAUUGUGAGAUAAGUAUAUUUUCAAGAUCAUAUGAGAUUGGGUGGGUGUGGGAAUAGAUUUGUUUUUGUUAAUGUUUAAACUUUUUAUUUUAUUCCAGACUCUGUUCACAAGACUCAAAAGACAAAGUAUCAUAAAAUGUACUGUGAGAAGUUCCUGUUCCUAUCCUCUAUUAACUUGAAAACUUCCUGACAGUUUUCUUUGUUGGUGGCUUCGAUGUUUUGUUCAUUUGUAUUUGGUUUGUUUUGUUUUGUGAAUGACUUUCAACAACUUCCUAAUGCAUAUACAAAUUAAAAUCUAUAUAUUCUGCUUGUUUCUUUUUAAAUCAAGGUGGCAUAUUACAAGGCAGCAUAGUAUCCACCUUUAUCUUCAUUUUGGGGCUUUUCACUUGCAUUGGAGAGAUUUGUAUUUUGUUUGUUUGGUAUCAGGGAUCGAACUCGUGACCAUGUGCUUUCGAGAACCACUGAACUAAAUCCCCAGCCGUUUUUUUUUUUCUUUUUUUUUUUUUCCAACAACUACAAUGCAAGGCUGUAUUGUGAUAUAAUGAAGUAGUCAUCUUUUGCGGGUCUGGGUUGUUUUCAGAAUGUUUUAGUAUUUUCUGUGUAUUUGUAUGUGCUUACUCAUUUUCCGUAGCGUAGGUGUCUAAAAGAGGAAGCUCUUGAUGAAAGCGCAAAUGCACUGGUGUUUUUAAUGGUGUUACUAGAAAGCUUUGCCUUCCAUUUUGCCAGUGAUAAAUAGGGCCUCUUUCUCCACAGCCUGGCCGGUCAGACUUUGGAGAAUCAGACGGUGAAGCAUCAUUUCUGCCGUUCUAAUUUGUGUUUCUCUAAGAGGGAGGACAUACGUUUUCAAUAUAUAUGAGCCAUUGGUUUCCGCUUCCCUGGAAACUACCCAUCGUUUACAUCAUUCGUUUUUUUCCAUCGGCUGCUGCUUUUGCGAGUCAGUUUGUGUUAUCAGUAAUGAAAGAAGUGAGCCCUUUGUGAUGUCUGAUGGGAAGAGUUCCUCACUUGUGACUGUUUCCCUCCCCAGCCCUCGGCCCCCACACAAAUACAGAUUGGGGAUUAAACCCAGGGCCUUUGCACUGAGCUACACAGUGUCUCCACUCUUUUUUUUUU